AGUUUCUCAGUCUCCCUCCCAGUCUGGCCAGUGAAGCUUUGUGGCCUGUAAAGUCCCGCACCCUGUGUCAGCACGUUAGUCAGCCUCCUCGGUUAGGGUGAGCCACUGUGCCGCCAAAGUCCCUAUAAACUCCCUGGUGUGGCCCAGUGCCACAGAGUGGGGCCUGUGGAGCCUACGGGCAGAGCCAGGGCCCUGAGCUCUGCUGCUGUGGUGCGGACAACAGCCAAGGGGCAGCGCAGCCACUUGGGACAGCAGGAGCGGAGGGCUGAACCUGGCUGAGAGAGCAAGCAACCUACUGUGGCCUCUGGGAUGUCCUCUGAGCUCUCCAACAAAGCCAGUUGAUGAGCCAGGCCCUUGGGGAGCAGACAUCUGGUGAAAGAGGCACUGGAUCCAGGGCCAUGUCUGGGAAACGAGGUCGAGCUCGAAAGCCCCGAGGCAAGAGGGUGGGCAGGACCCAUCGGGCAGCUGGGCAGCAGGGCCCUGAGGCUGAGCCCCCGCCCCCCAACACAGGGGGCCCUCAGGACAAGGUGGGGGUGGCUCUGACAGAGCACGUGACCAGCACUCAGCUGGCUCCUCAGGGACACUCCAGGGCCACCAGGCCAGAGCAGCCACAGGCAGCCUGGAGGCCAGUUCAGGACACUGCUUUGGAAUCCGAGCUGGUGCUGGCCCCUGAGCACAUGGAGGGCUGUGGAGCCGGGGCCCCCAUGCCAGCCCUGGGCCCAGAAUUGCUGAGACUCCACGAAGUCCAGCUGUGCCUAGCCCAGGAGCAGCUCCUGCUGGAGGACCGGAGGCGGCAGGUCCAGCUGCAGAUGCAGCUGUGGCAGGAGGAGCAGCUGUGGCUGCAGCAGCUGCAGGAGGAGCAGCUGUGGCUGCAGCAGCUACAGGAAGAGCAGGCCUGGGUGCACAUGGAAGGGCUGCAGCUGGCUGUGGCCCUGGAGCAGCUCCGGAGUGAGGGCCUCGAGGCACUGCAAACCCAAGGCCAGGCCCCUGGCCCCAACAUGGCCCGUCGCUCCCAGAGCAGCUCACAGGGGGACAACCCAUUGGCACCUGGGUACCUGCCUCCUCACUACAAAGAAUACUACCGCCUGGCGGUGGAUGCACUGACUGAGGGUGGGCCAGAAGCCUACAACCGCUUCUUGGCAUCUGAGGGGGCACCUGACUUCCUGUGCCCCGAGGAGCUGGAACACGUGAGCCGCCACCUGCAGCCCCCACAAUAUGUGGCCCGCGAACCCCCCGAAGGCAGCCCUCCUGAUGUGGACAUGGAUGGUUCCUCAGGCACCUACUGGCCAGUGAACUCGGACCAGGCGGUGCCUGAGCUGGACCUGGGCUGGCCCCUGACGUUUGGCUUCCAAGGCACAGAGGUCACCACACUGGUACAGCCACCACCACCCGACAGCCCCAGCAUCAAAGAUGAAGCUCGGAGGAUGAUCCGCUCUGCCCAGCAGGUGGUAGCUGUGGUGAUGGACAUGUUCACUGAUGUGGAUCUGCUCAGUGAAGUGCUAGAGGCAGCUGCAAGGCGUGUCCCAGUCUACAUUCUCCUGGACGAAAUGAAUGCUCAGCACUUCCUAGACAUGGCCGACAAGUGUCGGGUCAACCUGCACCAUGUGGACUUCCUGCGCGUGCGCACAGUGGCAGGUCCUACCUAUUACUGCCGCACCGGGAAGUCUUUCAAGGGCCACCUGAAGGAGAAGUUCUUGCUGGUGGACUGUGCUGUAGUGAUGAGUGGGAGUUAUAGCUUCAUGUGGUCCUUCGAGAAAAUCCACCGCAGCCUGGCUCAUGUGUUCCAGGGAGAGUUGGUUUCCAGCUUCGACGAGGAGUUCCGCAUCCUUUUUGCACAGUCAGAGCCCCUGGUGCCCUCAGCUGGGGCUCUAGCUCGCAUGGAUGCCUAUGCGCUUGCUCCGUACUCUGGGGCUGGGCCACUGGUGGGCGUCCCCGGGUUUGGAGCGCCAACACCUUUUUCUUUCCCCAAACGGGCACACCUCCUAUUCCAACCACCCCGGGAGGAAGGCCUGGGCUUCCCCUCUUUCUUAGACCCAGACCGCCAUUUCCUAUCGGCCUUCCGCCGUGAGGAGCUGCAGCGGAUGCCUGGGGGUGCAUUGGAGCCCCACACAGGGCUCCGGUCACUGACUCGUCCAGUUGAGGCUGGGCCCAUUGGAGAGCUCGGAGGCCCCCGGGGCUUCUUCCAGGCACGGCACCUGGAAAUGGAUGCCUUCAAGCGGCACAGCUACACAGCAGCCGAUGGAACUGGAGCAGUGGAGAACUUUGCCGCAGCGCGGCAGGUGUCCCGACAGACAUUCCUCAGCCAUGGUGAUGACUUCCGUUUCCAGACCAGCCACUUCCAACGUGACCAGCUCUACCAGCAGCAUUACCAGUGGGACCCACAGUUUGCCCCUGCGCGCCCUCAGGGCCUCUUUGAGAAGCUUCGUGGAGGCCGGCCUGGCUUUGCGGACCCUGACGACUUUGCACUAGGUGCUGGGCCCCGCUUCCCAGAACUUGGUGCUGAUGUACACCAGCGGCUGGAAUAUGUGCCAUCCAGCGCCUCUCGGGAGGUACGCCAUGGGUCUGAUCCCGCCUUUGGACCCAGCCCCCGUGGUCUGGAGCCCAGUGGGGCCUCCCGUCCCAACCUGGGCCAGCGUUUUCCAUGCCAAGCAGCCUUGAGGCAAGGCCCAGACACCACUUCAGAGGCCGAGCCUGAACGCAGGGGUGGGCCCGAGGGCCGGGCUGGACUGCGUAACUGGCGCCUUGCUUCCUACCUGAGCGGCUGCCACGGUGAUGGCGGAGAAGAGGGCCUGCCGAUGGACGCUGAGGCCUAUGAAGAUGACGUGCUAGCUCCGGGAGGCCGGGACCUGCUCCCUUCCACAUUCCGCAGCCCUGUUUUUCCAGCCAAGGGACCAAAGCCAGGCUCAGGAAGCGGGGGUGGCGACAGCUCUGAACGAGAGGGCCUAGAAGAGACAAGUCUAGUUAAGCAGGACUCCUUCCGCUCACGCUUGAACCCGCUCAUCCAGCGCAGCUCUAGGUUGCGCUCAUCACUUAUCUUUGCAUCACAGGCCGAGGGUGCUGGUGGGACUACAGCAGCCACCACUGAAAAAGUACAGCUGCUACACAAAGAGCAAACAGUCAGUGAAACGUUGGGUCCAGGCGGAGAGACUGUACGUUCCAGUGCUUCGGCCAAAGUGGCUGAGCUACUAGAGAAAUACAAGGGCCCUGCCCGGGACCCUGGCGGUGCAGGGGGUCCCAUCAUUGCCUCUAGCCACAGCAAGGCUGUAGUGUCCCAGGCCUGUCGGGAGGAGAUUGUAGCACCAGGAGGAGCUGGAACUGAGCGCCGCAGCCUUGAGAGUUGCUUGCUUGACCUGCGCGACUCCUUCGCACAGCAGUUGCACCAGGAGGCAGAGCGACACCCAGGGGCUGCUUCUCUUACUGCUGCGCAGCUGCUCGACACGCUGGGUAGCACAGACCGCCUGCCAUCGCGCUUCCUCUCUGCCCAGGGCCGCUCCUUGUCUCCACAAGGUCGAGAUAGCCCUCCGCCAGAAGGGUCCAGAAUGCACCAGCUGCCUUAUUCUGAGCGCAAGGGGAGCCCCACUCCAGCCCACCCUGAGCGUAAGGGGAGCCCCACUCCAGCCUACCCUGAGCGCAAGGGGAGCCCCACCCCAGCCUACCCUGAGUGCAAGGGGAGCCCCACCCCAGCCUAUCCUGAGCGCAAGGGGAGCCCCACCUCAGCCUACCCUGAGCGCAAAGGAAGCCCCACAUCUGGAUUUCCCAAUCGGAGGGGUAGCCCAACCACAGGAUUGACUGAGCAGAAGGGGAGUCCCACCUCACCCUACCCAGACCGCAGGAGCAGCCCAGUACCCCCAGUGCCCGAGCGCAGGGGCAGCCCAGUGCCUCCCGUGCCUGAGCGCAGAGGUAGUCUCACCUUUGCUGGGGAGUCUUCGAAGACUGGCCCUACAGAGGAGGUGGCUGGCGGCCCCAUGGAAGUCCUGCGCAAGGGCUCCCUCCGCCUUAGGCAGCUGCUGAGCCCCAAGAGUGAGCGGCGUGGGGAGGAUGAAGGCAGCUUCCCAGCUCCUCAGGAAAAUGGGCAGCCUGAGAAUCCCCGGAGACCUUCGCUGGGUCGGGGUGACAGCACAGAGGCUGCUGCGGAGGAAAGAGGCUCAAGGGUGCGCCUAACUUCAGCUACUGCCAAUGCCCUGUACAGCAGCAACCUGCGAGAUGACACGAAGGCCAUUCUGGAGCAAAUCAGUGCCCACGGCCAGAAGCACCGCGGAGUCCCCGCUCCAGGUCCAACCCAUAGCAGUCCUGAACUAGGUCGCCCAACACCUGCAGGAGACUUGGCCCCAGACAUGUCUGACAAGGACAAGUGUUCAGCCAUCUUCCGCUCAGACAGCUUCGGGACACAAGGCCGGCUCAGCCGCACACUGCCUGCCAGUGCAGAGGAGAGAGACCGGCUCCUGCGCCGCAUGGAAAGCAUGCGCAAAGAGAAGCGCGUCUACAGUCGCUUUGAAGUCUUCUGCAAAAAGGACGACGCUGGCAGUACUGGAACAGGAGACAACUUGGCAGACGAGGACACGAGAGACAGCAAAAUGGGCAAAUUUGUUCCCAAGAUCCUGGGUACAUUCAAAAGCAAAAAAUGACCUGGUCUCAGAGGCCAGGACUCUGUAUCACUGCCAUACCGCACCCACAGUACCCGUCUGGUACUGAUGGAGUGGUGGCCGCCAGGCUGCUGUCAAAGCAGUUUGGAACCUUGCUGACAACCACCUAAACUGAGCUCCACUUGAAUUCUCCUGGCAGCUGCACUGCCUCUCACUCUUGGCUUUUCCUCACUAAGAGCCUCAGCCCCUCCUCCUGGUGCACUUUCCUCGU